AUGGAGUUGCAUAUGAGAUUAACUCUCACUGCGAACGUUGUGGUGUGUGAGCAUAUCAGACACAAUGCAGCUGUCUUGACGGAUAUCAGUCAGGAGUGUAGCGGUAUAUUUCGACCCCUGCGCUUGGAUGCCGGUGAAACUUCGACGUCAAAUGCGUGCGCUAGCACUGCUACGAUAACCGCUAAACGUCGCGAAUAUGCUCCUGAGGUCGAAUCUUAUGAUAAUGUAAACGAUGAAAUUGUAGCCCCUGAAGACGUUCAAAAGCAGGACAAUCGCAAAGAGGCCCUCCAGACAACUGAAAGCAUGAAAGCGCUUCUCUCUGAGCUCGCAGGAGAAUUAUCUAGAGUAGAUCGCUUCGACAUAUUGAAUAGACUGAAUGAGGCUGUGAAUGGUGUAGUGCGAAACGCUGUAAACGAAAUGUUAGGUGAUGGAAACAAAGGGAGAUUGACGAUAAAGACGGAGAGGAAAAGGAACGGAAAGAAAUUCAUGGAUGACGAUAGUAAUCUGGAGGAAGAGGCGCGAAAUAUCCUGCAAACGGAUCGUAAACUGCUCCAGACUUGUUUCAUCUGUGGUGAAAGGAAUCCAGAUGCGAAUGAUGACGAUGAAGUGAUGGGUGUUCGCUACACGGAUGGACCAGCUGAGAGCUCAGCUGGAUACGGCUCAAGGACCACGUCAACGUCACUCACAAAACUUGGGAACAUCUUGGACGAUAAUGGCGAGGGAACGAAACGAGUGGAAGGGAUGAUGGGGCUCGAACGUCCAGUGAAGACGGGCCAUCUAAGUAUCUAA